AUGCCGGUUUUGGACAGGAAGCCUUCAAGGGACCAAGGAGAUCAAAGUGGCCUUCCUAAAUUGCCCAUCCCUGACUUACAGCAAACAUUAGAUAUGUAUUUAAAGUGCAUGAGACAUCUGAUCCCUGAAGAGCAGUUCAGAAGGACUAAGGAUAUUACUGAGAAGUUUGGAGCACCCGGUGGGCUGGGAGAGAGACUUCAGAGAAAACUACUGCAAAGAAGAGAGGUUACAGCUAACUGGGUAUAUGACUACUGGGUUGAAGAUAUGUAUUUGAAUAACAGAUUAGCACUGCCUGUUAACUCCAGCCCUGUAAUGGUCUUCCCAAAGCAGAACUUCAGGACUCCAAGUGACAUACUCAGAUUUGCAGCUCAUCUAAUUUCAGGUGUAUUAGAAUACAAGUGUCUGAUUGAUGGACAUGCCCUCCCAGUGGACUUUGCCCACGGCCAAUUAGCUGGCACGCCAUUGUGUAUGGAGCAGUACUACAGGCUCUUCACCACCUACCGCUUACCCGGGCCAAAGACAGAUACCCUGGUGGCUCAGAAGAGCUCUGUAAUGCCAGAACCAGAGCAUAUAAUAGUGGCCUGUAAAAACCAGUUUUUUGUUCUUGAUGUGGACAUCAACUUCCGGCGGCUCAAUGAGAAAGAUCUGUUCACUCAACUGCAGAAGAUAAUGACGAUGGCUGAGAGCGAGGAGGAAAACUUCCCUCCUAUUGGACUGCUCACCUCAGAUGGGCGGACUGAGUGGGCAGAAGCUCGUAGUGCUCUCAUUAAAGAUUCUACCAACAGGGACUCUCUAGAUAUGAUUGAGCGUUGCCUGUGUUUGGUGUGCAUGGAUGAACCCUGUGGCAUGGAUCUGAGUGACACAAACCGAGCCAUGAUGAUGCUCCAUGGAGGAGGGAAAGACAAGAAUGGAGGAAACCGCUGGUAUGACAAACCCAUGCAGUUUAUAAUAGGUGCAGAUGGGUGCUGUGGUGUUGUUUGUGAACAUUCACCCUUUGAGGGAAUCGUGCUGGUCCAAUGCACAGAAUAUUUACUGAAGUACAUGAGUGGCAGCCCUUCAAAGUUUGUGCGAGCAGCAAGUGUGAGUGAGUUACCAUCUCCAAGGCGCUUGCACUGGAAAUUUUCUUCAGAAAUUAAAAAAUUCCUCUCAUCUUCAGCAGACAAAUUACAAUGGCUUGUCAAAAAUCUAGACAUGAAUGUCCACAAGUUCAGCAGUUAUGGCAAAGAGUUCAUCAAGAAACAUAAAAUGAGUCCCGAUGCUUACAUACAAGUGGCUCUGCAGUUAGCAUUUUACAGAUGCCAUGGAAGACUUGUGCCAACCUACGAGAGCGCAUCAAUCCGUCGCUUCCAGCAGGGUCGUGUGGACAACAUUCGCUCUUCUACUGCUGAGGCCUUGGAAUUUGUGAAAGCCAUGACUGAUAAAAAGUUGAGUCUGAUGGAUGCUGAGAAGAUGGAGAAGUUAUAUGAUGCUAUUAAGGCCCAAACCAAUUAUACAAUAUUGGCUAUUACAGGGAUGGCAAUAGACAAUCACUUACUUGGACUGCGAGAAAUUUCUAAGGAGCUCAACCUGGAGAAGCCAGAGAUUUUCAAAGAUGAGACCUACAUCACCAGCAACCAAUUCAUCCUCUCCACAAGUCAGGUACCUACGACUGUGGAGAUGUUUUGCUGCUAUGGCCCUGUGGUCCCUAAUGGCUAUGGAGCCUGCUACAAUCCCCAGUCAGACCACAUCAUUUUCUGUGUGUCCAGUUUCCGUGACAGCCCAGAGACCUCUUCAGACAUGUUUGUGAAAGCUCUGGUGGAGUGCCUGGGGGAGAUGCAGGAUCUGUGUAACACUCAAGCCAAGCAUAGUAACACCAGAGAGAGGACUGGAGAGGCCAAUGAAGCUGUGAGGAGUAGAGGGAAGACAUAGUAUACACUCUUAGAAAUGAGUUCUUCAAGGAUUCUUUAAGGGUUCAUUGGAUAAUUAAGAGUUCUUAGCUUCUGAAAAGAAUUCUAGUUGGAACCCUUUCUGACAGGGAAGCACACUAUUGUAGGGGUUCCAUUUAGGACCUUUAAGGGUUCCCCCUGAAGGAAGA